GCACUUCUUCCUGCUCCUGGAGAGCGACCGUUAAAAUGGCUCUGAAUAUGAUGCGAAUUGCAGCACUGAAUGCAAGCUCCACAAUUGAGGAUGACUAUGAAGAUAACUUCAAAAGUCAUAAGACACAGACAAAAGAAGCUCAAGAAGCAGAAGCUUUUGCUCUGUACCAUAAAGCUUUGGACCUCCAGAAACACGACCGUUUUGAAGAAUCAGCUAAAGCUUAUCAUGAACUUCUAGAGAUUCGUCUUCUGCGAGAGGCAGUUCUUCCUGGUGAUGAGAAAGAAGGGCUGAAGCAUCCAGGCUUGAUGUUAAAAUAUUCCACUUACAAAAACCUAGCACAGCUGGCAGCCCAACGGGAUGACUUGGAGACAGCCAUGGAGUUUUAUUUGGAGGCUGUAAUGCUGGACUCUACUGAUGUCAACCUGUGGUAUAAAAUUGGCCGCGUAGCAAUAAAACUAGUCCGCCUGCCUUUGGCUCGUCAUGCCUUUGAAGAAGGUCUCCGAUGUAACCCUGACCACUGGCCUUGUCUAGAUAACCUUAUCACGGUCUUGUACACCCUUAGUGACUAUACGACAUGCCUGUACUUUAUCUGCAAAGCUCUGGAAAAGGAUUGUCUGUACAGCAAAGGGCUGGUUCUGAAGGAGAGGAUCUUUGAGGAGCAGCCAUGCCUCCGGAAAGAUUCCCUGAGGAUGUUUCUCAAAUGUGACAUGUCUAUUCAUAAUGUAAAUGUGAAUGCAGCUGAAACGGGAAGGAUCAUGGAUGAAGCGCUGGAGCUACGUAAGAAGAGACAGGCUUUGCUCGUGCGAGAGAGAGAACCAGACCUCAAGCUUGUCCAGCCAAUUCCCUUCUUGACAUGGAAGUGUUUAGGAGAAACUUUACUUGCCAUGUACCACCACCUCACAACUUGUGACCCUCCUCGACCUAGUCUUGGAAAGAGAAUUGACCUCUCAGAAUAUCGAGACCCAGUUCAACAACUGAUUCUUUCUCCUACCUCUGCUCCUGUCAGUGUUAUUCAGCCAACCCCUGUCAACACUAAUCCAGUGGUGACAAUGCCAGAUCCUGUAUUAAAUUAUACUCCAGUGACCCCCAAUUUUCCAAGUCAGAAUCAGAAUUUAUUGGAAUCAGGAGCUACUGUUGGUGAACAAGGUGAUACAUCGGCUGCUGAUAAGUCUAAGAAAGGGGUGAAGCGAAAGAGAAUUAUGGAAGAAAGCGGUGAAACAGCAAAAAGGAGAUCUGCGAGAGUCCGUAAUACCAAAUGUAAAAAAGAGGAGAAGGUUGAUUUUCAAGAACUGUUGGUCAAAUUCCUUCCUUCCAGAUUGAGGAAACUAGAUCCAGAGGAGGAGGAGGAUCCUUUCAAUAACUAUGAGGUGCAGUCAGAGAUUAAAGAAGAGAAUUUCCAGCAUGUUGGACCACAUAGAUUGUCAUUUGAUUCAACAACAUUUAUGGAAUCUGAGAAACAAGACGUUCACGAAUUCCUGCUGGAUAACCUGAACAAUGGUGGGAUUUUGGAGCUGAUGAUGAGAUACCUAAAAGUAAUUAGCCAAAAGUUCCUGGUAAAGUGGCCUCCUGGCUUAUCUGAGGUGGUUCGUAGUAUCUAUAACAGCUGGAGAAAGCACAGUAAUAGUCUUCCCAAUCCUUUACUGAGAGACUCAAGUAAUCAACAUAUAAAGGAUAUGAUGCUGAUGAGCCUUUCUUGCAUGGAAUUGCAACUAGAUCAGUGGCUACUGACCAAAGGCAAGAGCUCUACAGUUUCUCCACGAAAUUGCCCUGCUGCCUCUAUGAAUGGAAAAUUUGGUCCUGACUUCCCAGGAACUCAUUUCUUGGGAGACCUGUUGCAAUUGUCAUUUGCAUCCUCGCAGCGAGAUCUGUUUGAGGAAGGAUGGAUGGAAUUUGUGACUCGAGUAUAUUGGCUCAAAGCUCGCUUCCUAGCACUGCAGGGUGACAUGGAACAGGCACUUGAAAAUUAUGAUAUUUGUACUGAAAUGCUGCAGAAUGCCACUGCAAUGCAAGCCAAAGCUGGUGAUGCGGGCAGCAUCGUAAUCCGGUUACCUAAUCUGCAUGUUGAUUCUCUUGUCUCUUUAGAAGAGAUUGAUAAGAACCUGAAGUCUCUGGAGAGGUGCCAGUCUCUGGAAGAAAUCCAGCGACUGUAUGAGUCAGGAGAUUAUAACGCAGUGGUGCAUCUGCUUCGUCCAACAUUGUGCUUUAAUGGCUAUGGCAGAGCUAAACAUCUGGAAUUUGUAACAUCCAUACCAGAGAGACCAGCACAGCUGCUGCUCCUGCAGGAAUCCCUGCUCAAACUGAAGGAUUACAAACAGUGCUUUGAAUGCUCCGAAGUGGCUUUGAAUGAAGCAAUUCAGCAGAUGAUUAACAUGACAGCAGCCUCUGCUAAAGAAGAGUGGGUUGCUACAGUAACACAGCUGCUCACAGGGAUAGAUAGUGCCUUGUCCUCAGAAAGCAGCAUCCUGGACGAGUCUUCCUUAACACCAAGCCUUGUUCGCCUGACAAACAACCUCAUUCAGAUCAUAGACUGCAGUAUGGCAGUCCAGGAAGAACCCAAAGAACCAUACGUCUCCUCAGUGCUUCCAUGGAUUAUCCUGCACAGGAUCAUCCAGCACGAGGAAGAUGCAUUUCGAUCUCUUUGCUGCCAGCAGCAGAACCAAGAAGAAGAAGUGAGUCCUGACACCCCUAUGCUACCUUCUUCUCUCAUGCUGCUGAACACCGCUCAUGAGUAUUUGGGAAGAAGAUCCUGGUGUUGCAACUCAGAUGGAGCUCUUCUCAAGUUUUAUGUUCAGGUAUUAGAAAAAGAACUUGCAGCAUCUACUUCUGAAGACACCCAUCCAUACAAAGAGGAGCUGGAAACAGCCUUGGAACAGUGUUUUUAUUGCUUAUAUGGUUUCCCUAGCAAAAAAAGCAAAGCAAGGUACCUGGAGGAACAUUCAGUACAGCAGGUGGAUUUAACAUGGGAGGAUGCCUUGUUUAUGUUUGAAUAUUUUAAGCCUAAGACGCUUCCAGAGUUCGAUAGUUACAAAACCAGCACGGUGUCUGCUGAUCUGGCCAACCUUUUGAAGAAGACUGCGACGAUUGUUCCCCGAACAGAUAAACCUAUGCUGAGCUUAGAUACUGUCUCUGCCUAUAUUGAAGGAACGUGUAGCAAGGCCCCAUCUCUCCCGGAUGGCGCAGACUAUUCUCCACCAGUAGUGACUGAGUUGUACUAUCUUCUGGCAGACUAUCAUUUCAAGAAUAAAGAACAAUCUAAGGCCAUUAAGUUUUACAUGCACGACAUUUGUAUUUGUCCAAACAGGUUUGAUUCAUGGGCUGGCAUGGCUCUGGCUCGAGCAAGUCGUAUUCAAGACAAAUUGAACUCUAACGAACUGAAAAGUGAUGGCCCCAUCUGGAAGCACUCUACUCCUGUCCUGAACUGCUUCAAGCGAGCCUUGGAGAUUGACAGCUCUAAUCUCUCUCUGUGGAUUGAAUACGGCACCAUUUCCUAUGCCCUGCACUCAUUUGCAUCCCGACAGCUGAAGCAGUGGAAAUCGGAACUUCCCCCUGAAGUUGUGCAGCAGAUGGAAGAGCGUCGAGACAGCAUGUUGGAGACAGCCAAACUGUGUUUCACAUCAGCAUCUCGCUGCGAGGGAGAUGGCGAUGAAGAGGAGUGGCUGAUUCACUACAUGCUGGGAAAGAUUGCAGAGAAGCAAAAGCAGCCUCCUGUUGUCUAUCUACUUCAUUACAAACAGGCUGGCCACUACCUGCAUGAGGAAGCUGCACGAUAUCCAAAGAAGAUCCACUACCAUAAUCCACCAGAACUUGCCAUGGAGGCGCUGGAGGUAUUCUUUCGACUUCAUGCUUCUAUUUUGAAACUUGUUGGGAAACCAGACUCUGGAGUAGAUGCAGAGAUACUGGUUGGUUUCAUGAAAGAGGCUUCUGAGGGACCUUUUGCCAGGGGCGAGGAGAAGAACACCCCAAAAGUUGCAGAAAAAGAAAAGACUUGCAUGAUUGAUGAAGACUCUCGUUCUUCGGCUGGAACGGUGCCGGGGCCUGGAACUUCCCUCCCCUCCUCCUCCGGUCCAGGUCUGACAUCCCCACCUUACACAGCCACUCCAGUUGACCACGAUUACGUCAAAUGUAAAAAACCCCGUCAGCAGGCAACGCCGGACGAGAGGAGUCAGGACAGCACUGCAGCAGUGCUCUCCGACUCCAGCUCCACACAGGAUAUGUUUAAUGAGCCUGCCAGUUCUCAAGACAGCCUGAGGAAGUCUUACCCAGAGAAGAGGAUUUCUGCUCCCUGUGCUGAUGCACUGAUACCCCACAAAGACACCCCGGGAUCUACAGAGGAAAAGAUUACAGGCAAGUCAGAAGAGCUGCUGGAGACCUCGGAAUCCUACCAUGCUGCCGAGCCCAGCGGCCAAAAAGUGCUGCUGGAUGCUCAGCCUGCUUCCAGCAAUCCCAUCAAAGCUGUGAUCCCGCCCUCCCAGGGGGACUGCAAGAAGAAACCUGACCCUUGUGGAGAUGCAUCCGACUUUCCCCAGUGCCUCCCCGCGGACCUGGAGGAGCAGCGGAAGCUCCUCACGGAGCAGUGCAUCGCCUCCUUCUGCCUCUGCCUCAGCCGCUUCCCCCAGCACUACAAGAGCCUCUACAGACUGGCUUAUCUCUACACGUACAGCAAAACCCACAAGAACCUGCAGUGGGCCCGCGACGUGCUGCUGGGCAGCGGCAGCCCCUGGCAGCAGCUGAAGCACAUGCCGGCGCAGGGCCUCUUCUGCGAGAGGAACAAGACCAAUUUCUUCAAUGGCAUCUGGCGCAUCCCCGUGGAUGAGAUCGAUCGCCCGGGCAGCUUCGCCUCUCAUAUGAACCGCUCCAUCCUGCUCUUGCUGAACGUCCUGUCGCAGCUGAAGGAUUAUAACACCCUGCUGAAGGUCUCGUCCAUGCUCCAGAGGACCCCCGACCAGGGAAAGAAGUACCUGCGUGAUGCAGAUCGCCAGGUUCUGGCCCAGAGAGCCUUUGUGCUCACAGUGAAGGUGUUGGAGGACACGCUCAACGACCUGACGCAGGUUUCAGAAGAUCAGGUUUCUAAGUCUUCUAACUUUGCUGCAGGAAGGAUGACAACAGACGUCUCUAAUAAAACUAGUGCUGAAGAGGGGAAAGAAGUCCUUCCCAAAAAGCCAGUUUUGUCAGAUGGAGUUGUACACAGUACUGAAAAUGGAGUGAAAGAAGGGACCCAAGGACAAAUCCCCAAUGCUAUGGACAUAUUAGAACAAGAGACGAAGAAUGACAAAGAAAUUAAAGAGCUCCCUAGACCUGGUUCAGUGGAACCUAUGGAUCUUGAUGGAUAUUCCAAUGACCCAGAAAAAGUUGAUUCUUCCUGUAAGCGCAGUGAGCCAGAGCGUCCUCAGCCUGGCAGGAUCUCCAAGGAGAGAGCCCCAGAGAGCCGGACUGCAGAACUCUCCUUGGAGGAGCUAAGUAUCAGCUCAAAGCAGCAGCAGGCAGUUAAAGGACUAGUUCAGGCAGUACCUGCAGAGGAGCCUGUGCAGAGAUCAAGCAGGAAGAGGAAAUUGCUUGAGGAUGUAGAGUCUGGGAAAACACUUUUGCUUGAUGCUUACCGAGUAUGGCAGCAAGGUCAGAAAGUGAUGGCCUAUGACCUAGGUAAAAUUGAGAAGAUCAUGUCUGAAACGUACAUGCUGAUUAAGCAGGUGGAUGAAGAAGUAGCACUCGAGCAGGCAGUCAAGUUUUGCCAGGUGCAUAUGGGAGCCUCAGCGCAGAAGCAGUCCACAGGAGAAACCCCCACAACCCCAAAGCAUACAAAGGAAAACAGAGAGAACUUCUUUCCAGUAACACCAGCCACGCUGCAUAUUACCCCGGUGAACCCGGACACUGUGACUCCUGAAAAUCUCCUGAGACUGAAUGACCUGCAUUCCAAACCCAAACCAGCCUCUUCCUCCUCCUCCUCCUCUUCAGCAUCUUCUUCAGUGCCUCCAUCCCAAGAGUCACACAGGGACACGGAGCAGCUCCGGAGUCAAAAUGCAGAGCCUGCUCCCAGCAUGUGUGAUGUGGCACGGGAGGAAGAAGAGCUUGAAGUGCCUUUGGAGGGCCUUGGAUUUCAGCAGCAAGAGUCACGGCUCUGUCAGCAGAUGAAAAUGGCUACAGUUGCCCCCUCACCAGAACCCGUGUGCUGGCAGGUGGAAUCAGUGACCAGCACGAGCUCAGGACAUGUUUCUACUCAAGCCUCCAGUUCCAAGCCUGAACUCAGCUCCAGCUCCCAGACCUUGGGAAGUCAGCAGAGCAAGACAGAUGGCACCCGUGUAAAAACUCGCGUUCUGCCCAACAUGCCAAAGCUUUUCAUACCUUCAUCUAUCACCAAAUUUCCACCUGAGAUCACUGUCACUCCACCCACUCCCACCCUCCUUUCUCCAAAGGGCAGCAUUUCAGAAGAGACCAAGCAAAAAUUAAAGUCUGCUAUUUUGUCUGCUCAGUCUGCAGCGAAUGUAAAGAAGGAGAGCCUUUGUCAGCCAGCUUUGGAAAUCUUAGAGACUUCAAGCCAGGAGUCCUCACUGGAAAGUGAUACUGAUGAAGAUGAUGACUACAUGGACAUAUGAAUGAAUUCUGGCCAUCACCAACCACAUAACCAUUCUUCUUGUUGCCGGCAUCUCUGACAGACAUCUUCGUUGGCAUCACUCCCCAUUUAAUCUACAUCGUUGUGUUCCUCACGUCCAUUCCCCUGUGUUAUCACCACUGCUGCUUGUAUUGCCUUCACAGUCGUCGCCAUCCUCCCCAUCAUGGUGCUUGACAGAAGGAAUGAUUGUUUACCAGGCAGUUAAUUCCCUUGGACUCUGUUGUCACCCUUAACUUCAGCAAACACGAGAAUGUUUUGAGCUGCAACUCGCAUCUCUACUGUUCCUGCUUCAAAACAGAGCCUUGGGAGCAAGUCCAGUGGCUCUUUUCUAUAGCAUUUUCCUACCUUUUAGUUGUCUUUCAUUUUUCUCCACUGCUAACUUCUCCUCCCACAGCCUAGUCUCUGUCUAGCCAUGCCAUGAUUAGACCAGCAGCUUCAUUUAGGGGGAAUGGAGCAGGAGAAGUUUGCUGAAGUGGCAGAACUUUCAGUUGCAUCAGGGAAGUCCAUGGCUUUAGUUCAGGGCAAGAAGGACGAGCUGAAAGGCUGUCAGCUCCAGGGCCCAGCUGGACACAGGCAGAAAGGUUGGUCUCCCAUUCGUGCUCAUUUUCCUCCUGUGUAUGAGGGCCAGCAAAAAUCAUCUACCUGAAUAUUGGCUUAAAGAACUGAACUUUCCAGAAUUGUCUUACAGUCCUUUCUCUUCUAAUGCCUUGGACAAGCAUUUUGAUUGGGGGGCUAGA